AUGGCAAAGGGAAAGUAAACCAAAUAAGAACAAGCAAAAUAAGUAGAAGUUGUUGAUAAGAAAAUUAAAAAGGCUGAAGAAUAACUAAUGAUGAACCAGCUGAUUAACCUGCAUCCCCUCCUCAAUCUCCUGUUAAAAAAGGAAAAAAGCAAGCAUAAGAUAAAAAACCAAAGGCCACAAAAGACAGAUUCAGUACUUCAUUAUUCUAGUCUAGAUAAACUCUAUUACCCUGAAGCACCCAGUUCCUAAUUCCCUGAUCAAUUGCAACAAAAUGUCAUUAAUGUGAUAGCCUCAUUUGGAGCAUCUGCAGCUCUCAAAGAAAUUACCAACAACCUCAGUUUAUUCUACACAAAUGCUGUUGAAGAAUAAACUGUUCACAAUUUUUUGGCUUAAGCAGAAGAAAGUGGAAUUAUUUACGAAAGAUCAGGCCAAUACCAUGUUGCCUAAGAAUUAAUCCCACCAGAGCCUCAACCAAAAUAAGAAGUAGUAGCAGUACCUCAAACCAUCGAAUAAGAACCAUUACCAUAAUAGGUUAUUGAAUCAGCUGUAAAAUAACCAUUAGAUAAUGAUUAAAUUGAUUUUGAAGAUUAAAUUUAACACUAAGCAAGCGAGAAAAAAGAAGUAAUUAACGACAAUCCCGAUCAUUAGGAUUUAUUUGAUAAUUGA